UCAAAGAAAAGAGACGUUUCCCUUUAAUUAACCUGACAGUGUCGCCACACCUGCGCUGCACUUCCGGGUUUUUGCCGCAGCAGCAGCAACAACAACAACAGGAGACGAAGAAGAAGAGGGAGAAGAAGAAAACGACGAAAAAGGAGGAAAAGGAGAAGGAGGAGGAGAGUUCUCUUACAUCAGGGAACAGGACAAUGAAGAGACACUCAAGAGAGGACUACAGCGCCCUCCAUGGACAUGGACAGGCAGAGGGACAGACAGGAGGACAGACGGGUAAAGAAGACAGUUGGACAGAAAGUGAGCUGUUGUCAGAGGGGGCGGGGCCUGUUGGAGAGUGGGCAGGGCUGAGGACACACCUGGAUGAACCUGAAGAGAAUCAGCUUCCAGAGAAAGCAGCUCAGGUCUUCACAGGACAGAGUGAAGCAUUCUGGGACAUGGAGGCAGAAAAAAGACCCUUCCUUGGACAACAUGGCCACCAGGAGUGGACUGAGGACACGCCCCCUGCUACAUGUGGACAGGGGUGUUACAGGAGAGACAUACUGAAGGUGGGCGUGUCCCUGGUGACAUCAGCACUCUUCUUCCCCUUCCUGGUGUGGGGGGGUUUUGUGUUCCUACCUUUUGAUGCCCCUCUGCUGAACGACGCCCCCUUGAGGCUCGUUUACACGCUGCGCUGCUCUGUGUUUGCUGCCACGCCCAUCGUCCUCGGUUGGUUAGUCCUUGGUGUCACUCGUCUCCGCUCGGGUUCGUUGAGGCCUUUGUUUGAAGAUGUGAAGGGGGCAGAGCUUCAUGAGGUCACUGUCCACCGCCGCUUUGUGUGUGACUCCACCUCCUUAUUCCUAAUCUAUUUUCUGCACCUGGUUGUCAUGGCGAUGUACAUGAGCCAAGAACAUCUGAAGCUUGUGCCAUUGCUGACAGUUGUCUUCGCCCUUGGACGGCUGGUUUACUGGGUGGCCGCAGCCUUCGGCAGCAGCAUACGUGGCUUUGGUUUCGGACUCUCGUUCCUGCCGAGUCUCGCCAUGAUGGUCGUCAACUUGUACUUCAUCUUCACCGUGGACGCGUCCAGCUCCAUCUUCCACGUGUCUCAUCCUGAGGAGACAUUGUCUUCACCAAACAACAGACAACAGAGAUUCUGGGGAUGACGUUUGUUUGUAUGGCCCAGCCCCUUUGUGGUGUUUUUUUGAUGAUCAUUUCACAAUAAAAUAAUGAAAACUUAA